GACCCACUUCAGAAAUAUCCUAAGAGGGAAUUUCACCAAACCCGAAAUCUUUCCAAUGUAAAAUAUAGUUAAAUUAAAUAAAAAAAUAUUGCAAAUCUCUCUCUCCUCUUUCUCUCUAUCUCUCUAAGUGUCUGUAGUUUGUUAGAGCCAUCAACAGUAUUGUAAUUGAAUUAGGUUCAGUAGUAAAACGGUAGCUUUGAUUUUCUUUGUUUUGUUUUGUUUUGUUUUGGUGAUUUUUUUUUUUCUGGGUUGCCUUCUCGUUUUGGUAGUUCGGGGGACGUAUGCUUGUAAUUGAAUGAGAAAAGGACGGUAGUCUAUCUUUUUUCAGCCUGUGAUGAGAAAAAGAAAAAAGGGUUCGGUUUUUAUGUGAAUGAGAUGAUCUGAUGGCUUCUGUUCUUGCUCUCUCAUGCGGUUGUUAGCGAGCGUGAGUCUAACUAGUUUUGAAGCGAGAAAUAGAGAUCUUUAUUUCUGAUGGGGGAGGAGAGAGGAGUGAAUAAGUUUUCCAUGAAAGUGCGAAUUUGUCCACUCGUAAGCGUUCACACCUUACGAAACUUACGAAACUGAAACCCAGAACAACCUUCGAGGGGAACCCUGAUUGUACUUGUUUUGCUGCUGCUGAUAGGGGGAGAAGAAGAACAAGACCCAUUAAGGAUAGAGGCGAAAGAGGAAGACGACGCAGGGGGGGAAUUGAAUUUUCGCUGUCUUUUGUUGAUUUCUGGGGAUGAGAUGUCUUUGAUGCUCUUGUUGGAGUUGAAGGAUUUCAAGUACGGUUAUUGGUUUCUGGAUAGAGACAGACAGAUUUAGAUUGCUAGGUUUAAUUCGAAAUUGGGUUUCGUGUUUGAAGAAAGAAGGAAUCUGACGAGAUUCAGAGGGAGCUUUUGUUCUGUUUUUCACUUUGAAUUGGUUGGACUUCGAAGGGGUGAUCCUUUUUUUUCGGGUGAGAUUUGUUUGGAACCAUGAGAGCUGGAUUAAGCACGAUCCAGCAGACUCUAACGCCGGAGGCAGCCAGUGUUCUCAACCACUCGAUUGCCGAGGCUUCUCGCCGGAACCACGGCCAGACCACCCCACUUCAUGUAGCUGCUACCCUUUUGGCUUCGCCGUCCGGUUACCUUCGCCAGGCAUGUAUCCGAUCCCACCCCAAUUCGUCCCACCCGCUUCAGUGCCGGGCACUGGAGCUCUGUUUCAGUGUCGCACUCGAGCGUCUCCCGUCGGCGCAAAACCUCUCCCCUGGACUCGAGCCCCCAAUCUCCAAUGCUCUCAUGGCUGCUCUGAAACGUGCUCAAGCACAUCAACGUCGGGGAUGCCCAGAGCAGCAACAGCAGCCUCUCUUGGCUGUUAAGGUGGAGCUCGAGCAGCUCAUUAUUUCUAUUCUCGAUGACCCGAGUGUGAGCCGAGUUAUGCGAGAAGCGAGUUUCUCAAGCCCUGCUGUGAAGGCCACUAUCGAACAGUCUCUGAAUGCUUCAAGCUCUGCUAAUUCUCCCACAAUUGGAUGUGGAUUGGGUUUCCGUCCAGCGCCCACGGCGACUACGAUGGCAGCAGCAGGGACGAAUAGGAACUUGUAUUUGAAUCCCAGGUUGCAGCAGGGGAAUUCUCCUCAACCAGGGCAGCACAGAGGCGAGGAUGUGAAGCGGGUUAUAGAUAUUUUGCUGAGGACGAAGAAACGGAAUCCGAUUCUGGUCGGAGAGUCUGAGCUCGACGCAGUAAUGAGGGAGCUCUUACAGAGGAUUGGCAAUAAAGAGGUCGGAGAAGGGCCACUCAGGAAUGUUCAUGUGAUCUCCUUGGAUAAGGAAUUUGCUUCUGAUAGAACCCAGAUCCCGACCAAGCUAAAGGAGUUGGAGAGUUCGAUUGAGACCCGAAUGAGUGGCAACAAUGGAGGUGGUGUGAUUCUUGACUUAGGUGACCUGAAAUGGCUUGUUGAGCAGCCCGUUGGAGUUUCGGGUUCGGUACCAUCGUCUCAGCAGCAGGUUGUCUCUGAAACAGGUAGAGUAGCGGUAUCAGAGAUGGGAAAACUGUUGGUCAAGUUCGGUGAGGGCAAAGGCCGGCUGUGGUUGAUUGGAAUGGCGACUUGUGAGACUUAUCUGAGGUGCCAGGUCUAUCACCCUUCAAUGGAGAAUGACUGGGAUCUGCAGGCAGUUCCAAUUACUGCAAAAUCGCCACAUCCAGGACUGUUUCCAAGACUUGGGAACAAUGGGAUUCUGAGCAGCUCAGUUGAAUCUCUCACCCCUUUGAAGAGCUUCCCAAUUGCAGCAACUGCUCUACAAAGGCGGCCGCCAUCUGAAAACAUGGAUCCUGCUCAAAGAACAGCUUGUUGCCCUCAAUGCAUGAACAAUUACGAGCAAGAACUAGCUAAGCUUGUAGCUAAGGAGGUUGACAAGUCUGCUUCUGAUGCCAAAACAGAAGCAGCAUGGACACCAUUACCACAGUGGUUGCAGAAUGCGAAACCAAACCUGAAAGAUCAGUCACAGCUAUCACAGACUAAGGAACAAGAAUUGAUGUGGAAGCAGAAAACUCAAGAAUUACAGAAGAAAUGGAACGAUACUUGCUUGCGUCUUCAUCCCAGUUUCCAUCAAAAUGUCAGCUCUGAAAGAAUUUCACCAACUCCUAUUCCAAUGACAAGCUUGUACAACCCAAAGUUGCUAGAACGCCAAUCUUUCCAACCCAAGUUGCAACUUACCAGAAACCUUGGAGGAACCCUGCAAAUGAGCCAGAGUGAGGCUCCAAACCCACCAUCUGAACGUGGUAGCACUCCACCAGGGAGCCCUGUAAGAACAGACCUUGUUCUUGGACGACCAAAGGUUACUGAAAAUAUGCCAGAGAAAACCCACAGUGAACGCAUCAAAGACUUAGCUGGCUGUAUUUCUUCAGAGACACAAGACAAGCUCUCUGAUUGGCAAAAGGAAAAACUCAUAAGUCCAUUGGAUGCUGACUCGUUCAAGAGACUCCUCAAGGGACUAAGAGAGAAGGUCGCAUGGCAGGCAGAUGCAGCAUCUGCAAUAGCUACAACUGUGACACAGUGCAAAUCAGGCAAUGGCAAAAGGCGAGGUGCUGGCACAAAGGGUGAUAUAUGGAUAUUGUUUACAGGUCCUGACAAGGUUGGCAAGAAGAAGAUGGCAUCGGCCCUGUCAGAGCUAGUCAACAGAACCAGUCCGAUCACAAUUCGUCUUGGCUCCAAGUCUGGAAAUGAUGAGGAACCAGAGAUGAAUUUCCGUGGGAAGACUGUGAUCGAUCGAAUAGCAGAAGCUGUGCAGAGGAACCCCUUCUCAGUGGUCGUGCUUGAGGACAUUGAUCAAGCAGAUAUGCUUGUCCAUGGAAGCAUCAAACGGGCAAUUGAGAGAGGUAGACUUGCAGAUUCCUAUGGCCGUGAAGUCAGCCUAGGGAAUGUGAUAUUUAUCCUGACUGUGAGUUGGUUGCCGGAAGAUCUGAACAACUUGUCGAACUGUCUUUCGCUCCAUGAGGAGAAGCUUGCAAAUGUAGCCUGUAGUAGUUGGCAAUUACAACUAUCCAUUGGCGUGAAGACUAGCAAGCGCCGUCUGGACUGGCUAAAUGACGACCAUAGGCUCACAAGGCCAAGGAAAGAUGCAGCUCAUGCUCUAUCAUUUGAUUUGAAUCAAGCAGCUGAUGCAGAGGAUGAUGCAGCACAGGAGUCCUGCAACUCAAGUGACCUCACCAUGGAGCAUGAGCAUGAAAAUGGCCUCAUGAUCAAGCUCUCUUCCAUGGCAUCACUGUCACGAGAGCUGCUCAACUUCGUAGACGAAGCCAUCGUCUUCAAGCCUGUCGACUUCAGCCCAAUACGGAGCAAGAUCGCCGGCACCAUUACAUCAAAAUUCAAGGCCAUUGUUGGGCAUGGGCAGUCAAUUGUAGUUGACAACGAGACACUGAACAAAAUUGUAGGGGGAGUCUGGUUUGGCAGGACUGAGUUUGAGGAUUGGACAGAGAAGGUCCUAGUCCCCAGCUUCCACCAGCUGAAAACAAGCUUAUCAUCUCCUACCGUCGCUGGAAACGAUGGAUUUUCCAUAAAGCUCACCUCAACUACAGACUCAGAGAGACGGACUGCCGGCGAUUGGUUGCCGAGCAAGAUCACGGUGACCAUGGACGGGCUAUGAAGACGGGUUGAUAUGUACAUAUGUCUCUACAUAGAGGGGGUGAUAGUAAAGAAGGCGGCAUAUUGAGGGGGUAAAAGCUAAAUACCAAAAUAUCAAAGAAAAACAGUUAGAAGGACAGAAACUUGGGAGAGUAACGGAAUCGUUAACGGCCGGCGGAUGUCACACAGAAAUCCAUAAUUAAAUUAAAAAUUUUCAAGUAAGCUUUUUGAGGCUAUUGUUGUCGUUGUUAUCAUGCUAUUGGAUUCAUGUUAAUUACGUGGGCCUUGGUUAAUAAGAACAAAUCCCUUCCCACAGAUUCAAUGUAAAGAUAGGAAAAUGAGAAUUUUCAAUAUUUUUCUUUCUAUUUUUGUCUAAUUUUGUGGAUAAAUGUGGACUAUGUUAGUGGUUACCAUUAA